AUGUUGCAGAGGUUGAUUCUUAGACAGUCUCGGGUUUUAGUUUCUAGGACUAGAGUGAAAAUAGGGACAUUUGCUACGUCAACAAAGUUUGAUAAUGAUGACUACGAGAUUGAUUUGAUUUCCUUGAGAAAGACCCCGAAGAAGAAGCAGGACGCGACAGAAGGAACAGGUAAGGUCAUUAGCGCAGUCGAUUUGUUGGACAAUAAGCCAAUAGAUGCUCUCGACUUGAAAGGCUACACAGAAUUUACUGAAAAGUAUUUCAAGGAAUUAUCAGUGUUUCUUAAGUUCAUUGUUGAUUUCUAUGAUGGUAAGGUCAAGUCUUUUGAUCAAUUGACUGCCACGGAAUUGACAAACUCUUUAUAUAUUUUCAGGAACUACUAUAUGAAUGGGAAGAUAAAAGAAAUAGUUAAAAAUGACUGGGUUCCGUAUAAUUACAUGUUUCAGAAACUCAUCAAAAUUUUGCUUUCGGAUCGGAAAUUUCCCUCUUUGUUAUCUAGGGAAUUGAUGCCUGUUGCUAAGCGUAAACAAAUGGCACUUCAGCUCUAUGAUAGCGGAAUUGGUAACUUCACAAAUGAAUUAAGGUCCUUAUCUAGAGAAUUUGAUUUCACUAAUAUCACACCGGAAGAAUUGUCGAGUGAAAUUAAUAAGACUUUAAUGGAGUUUAAUAAAUUUUUGAGUACUAAUUCAAAAUUUGACAGUGAGUUUUUUCAAGUACUUAUCCAGAUCAACCGCUACAAAACUUUGAAGUCGAUUAUUGAUAGUCAUCCAGGAAUUGAUUUGAAUUGCCUAUUGUCGAUCAUUGAUUCUCCUGACUUUGCAGCGAUCAAUAGAAAGUUUGAGCAAUUAUCAGGGUCGAAUAACAGAAUUAAUAAGAUAUUUGAUCGUUACGAGUCAGAGAUAUACUUUUUCAAUUUUGCUUUUAAAGACAAGAAAUUUAAUGACUUUUCGGAAAUUGCAGCAUCACUUUAUGAGCAGUCAAUAACUUCUGGGACAUUGAGCAGUGUAUCAAAUACUUUGAUUCGCGUUUUGCUUCCGCUUUACAGUGAAGGACUAUUAACUCUUGAUAGAGUUGAUCCAUUUCUUUCACGUUCUAUCAAUACGACAGUGAAAAUCUCAGAUUCAUUGGAGAAGAAUUUCGGCGUCUCCUUGAUCUAUAACUUUGAUAUUCAUGAAUACGUUGAUGGAUUAAAUGUUUUAAAAUCGUUUAACUUUAACAAGCCUUUCGCCUCUUUAUCCAGAAGUGAGAUUAUAUGGAGUUUGAAUGACGUGCUCAAGAAUUUCAAUGGUAGUUCAAGAAUUAUGAGUUUGUUGAAAGGUUUAAGAAGGAACCUCAGAAGUUUCUUAAAUGUCACAAACAUCUUUGAACCUCUUGAUGAUAUUGUUGAUAAGAGACAGUUACAACUUGCUUUAUACAAUGCGGAUCCUUCUCUGAAGACAAUUGACCUUACUCAUCUCGAAGAAAGUGUUCCAUUAAAAUCACAAGCUGCACCCUUGGAUUCAGUAUAUUCGUCCGAAUUGAAAGCUUUCAAAAAUCAAGAGUUCGGAACCUUGAAGUUUGCUGACUUUUCACCAGAAUUCAUCAAGGAAGUUUUCGAAGACUAUAAACAAAAAACGAACACCAGAAAUUUCCAGGUAGCUUUGUAUGAGUUUCUAGAUUCGUGUAAUGGGGAUACUUCGUCUUUAGAUGCUUUGGCAGAAUCUACAACUACCUACACCCAGAUCCCUAACGAAUUGGGCUUGCAUGACUUUUAUAAUGAGUUGGAUGUUAUAAGAACUGAUAUUUUAAAGAAGGCUUUCAAGGAUUGUACUCCGGAGGAAGUUUUAGAAGGAUUGCAAAAGCGAGUUGAUAGUAUUCUCAAGAAUUCAUCUGAUAAGUCAGUCUCGAAUGUCACUAAAGAAAAUGCUUUUGACUAUAUAAGAUUGGGUAGAAGACUUGAAAGAUUGUUUCGCAUGAAUGGGGGCCAUGUUGAGGUCCUAGAUGCGUUAAUAAGGAGUCAGAAAAUUUUCGACCAAACAGAGCAGAGAAUUUUGAAUUCAUCAACCAAGAAACCCUACGUGCAAAUUCCGGAUGGUUUGGACAUUCAUCAAUUUGCAAAGGAACUUGACACGCUUAGGUCGGAAGAUUUUAAUGGUUCCUACGGGAAUACUACUUCUACAGAUGUUCUCUCUUUGAUCGAUUCGAGAAUCUCUAUGCUUGAGUCUUACCCUGGUAAUGAAACAGAAAUCUACCGAUUGAACCUCCUUCAGAGUAGACUCAAGAGACUUUUCUCCCUGAAUGGUGACAAUACUGAAGUUCUUGAUACUGUUAUUCACAGCCAAGCCGUCUUCAAUGAUUUUGAAAAAUUAAAGAGGGUAAAUAAUGAUCGUGAAUAUUUGCAGGCUCCAGAAAACUUCUUCUUAGAAGAAUAUAUCGUUGAGUUGGUUCAAUUAAGGGACGAACUUAAGCAGAACUUUAGAGAUGUCUCAACAAAUGAUAUCUUAAACAAAUUAAGUGAAAUUAUCGCAAAAGAGAAUGAUUUGGACAAACAAGUGAACUUCCGCAAGCUUUAUAGUAAUAUUCAAAAUUUGUUCAAGAUGAACAACGACUAUUCCUUUAUUUUAGAUAAUAUUAUUAUCAGCUGCGAGCAGUUUACAAAGUUUGAGUCAGAUAAUUCAUUGAAACAUUUAUCAAGGAAGAGCAGAGAGAAUUCAGUUAUUGGCGACAACCUGAAGCUCCUCCGAAACUAUUAUGAUCAAUUGAAACUGCUCUUUAAGUUUUCAGCAGAAGAAAGGGUUUCAAUUGGUUCAUUGAGCAGGGAAGAGUUUGAGAAACUUUUAUCUAAUUAUAAGUCAAGCUUAAAUUCACUGUCCUACGAACUUCCUCUAGACCUCCAUAUCAUUGACACAUUAAAGCAAUACAAUAGGAUAAUCAAGGAUUAUCCAUGCUUCUUGGAGGGUUUAUAUUUGAUCCAACAAGAUAGUGAGCCAUUGAAUCCAAGUGACGUGGAGGACAUUUACAAAAACUUGCAUGAAGAACUAGAGUCUGGUGCUAGAUUCGGAAGCAAACGGUCCCCAGAAGAAGCCUUUAAAUUCAAAAAUUCCGCCGAAGGUUUUAAACAAAGACUUUCAAUACCCUUCGAUGAGAUUCAUACUAAUCGAUUCGAUAUUAAUGAUUUCAAAGGCGAUACGGUAAGUCAAUCUCGUUAUAACGACUCGGAGAAACUAAUUGAGGAUUUACUGAAAAACCAUCCGGCUUCGGAUUCCAAACUUUCUUCCCAAUAUCAGGAUUUAUUGCAAUCAGUCGUGAACAAAAAACUUGAUGGAAAAUCAGCAACAAAAGAAGAACAGGAAUUAGAGGAAUUAACUGCAGAGAACAUAAGGAAAUCCUAUUGCUCUAGGUCCAGUUCGCAAAAGAAUAAUGAAGAGGAAGAGAAGGAUCAUUUGGACGUUGAUAAGACUUCAUUAGAGGACUUUUUACGUUCUGCAAAGAAGCAAAGGGAAAUGGCGAAGGAGAGAAGGUUCCGGGAAUCUAAAGCUUAUGAGUGGAGUAAGAGUAUGAAUAAUUCUCACAGGUCAUUGGAAUCGUCUAAUUUUUUCAAUCCCUUACAUUCACAUCUGAGGAGAUGUAAGAAAGAUUCUCCAUCAGAACAGGAAUAUUUGAUCCUCACUUUAGAUAAUCAAACAAUAUUGUCUGACCACAAUCCACUCGGCAAGUUACCACAGGAAGACAUAUUUGAGAUUUUAAAGAAAUUCGAGAAGCCUGAAUUAUUAGAUUUGCAGCGCACUUUGAAGAAGUUACAGAAGAGAAACUGGAGAUUAAUUGGUUCCAAGGUAAUUUCCGGCGACCAAAAACAUUUGGUAUUAGCAAGAAGCAAGGGAAGAAAGAAGUCAGCUUUUACAAAGUUGAAAAACAUUUUUGCAAGUGCUGGCCUUCUUUUUGUUACUUUAUUAGGUCUUAAUUGGUGGUUGGAAGAAUAUCCUGCUGAAUUCAAAGAAAUCAAGCCUACUCCUAACUAUGAAACAUAUACAGAGCCACUCGAGAAAAAUAUGAUCAUCCCUGAGAAGGUAUCGAAACCUAGCGAGAAUCCUAUAAACGAUGAGGAACCAAAGGUCAAGUCUUCCUUUUUUAAAAGAUUAUUCUGGUCCUCCUAG